AUGGAAAGCCAGAGUAACAUCUCAGAAUUCAUUCUUCCAGGAAUUUCUUAUGACCAGAACAUACAAAUAUUUUGGUUUGUGUUCUUCUUAUUCUCUUAUCUUGCCUUGUUGGUAGGAUACCUUCUGAUCCUUGUCUCCAUUCUAUGCAAUUCUCUUUUUAACCAACCAAUGUACUAUUUCCUAAGCCACUUCUCCUUCAUGGACAUCUGCUAUACCUCUAGUGUUACACCAAAAUUAAUUGGAGACCUGUUGGUAGAAAUAAAGAGCAUUUCCUAUAGUAAUUGCAUGUUACAGGUCUUUGCGAUGCACUUCUUUGGCAGUACUGAGGUCUUCAUUCUGACUGCCAUGGCUUUUGAUUGCUAUGUUGGCAUUUGUAAACCUCUCCACUAUGUGACAAUCAUAAACAGGACAAAGUGCAAUACCCUAGUCUUAGCUUCUUGGGCUGGUGGGGCUGUCCAUUCCUUUCCACAAUUACUUAUGAUGAUUCAGUUGCCCUUUUGUGCUCCUAAUGAAAUUGAUCACUAUUUUUAUGAUAUCUUUAUUUUGCUUAAAGUUGCUUGUACUGAUACCAACAUCACUGGUGUCCUUGUGGUUGCCAGUUCAGGUAUGAUUGCCUUAGUUACUAUCACUGUCUUAUGUGUUUCUUAUGGCAUUAUAUUAUUCACUUUAAGAAAUCAUUCAGCUGAGGGAAAACACAAAGCCCUCUUUACAUGUGGGUCUCACAUUUCUGUGGUCAUCUUACUUUUUGGACCUAUAAUCUUCAUCUACCUUAGACCAUCUACUACUUUCCCUGAAGACAAAAUAUUUGCACUUUUCUACACCAUCAUCACUCAUAUGUUCAAUCCCUUAAUCUAUACACUGAGAAAUACAGAGAUGAAAAAUUCCAUGAGGAAAGUUUGGUGUCAAAGAUAA